CCCCAAAAAACGUAUUUCCGCGGUGUCUGUUAGCUCUGAUCUUCUGCCCAGACCAACUCCACGAAAGGAUUCAAUUGACAAUGAAGGUUCUAUUUGCAGUACUGAUUGCCGUUUCUUUAUUCGCAGUAGCAUGGUCGAUCACUUGUUAUCGAUGCGGUGGAGUAGCACCAAGCUGUAAAUCCGCGGGCUCAGCGACAGUGGAGUGUGACGACCCCUCGCAGCCAAAUUUUGUGUACGCCUGUCGAGUGUACACAGUUAACUACACCUCACUGGAUCGCGUCCUCGAGUUUAAAAGCUGCUGCUUAUAUGAAGACUGCAAUGACGAUCCAUGCAAGGGUUUUGAAAACAGAGUUUGCUCCAAGAUGGCCAGCUGUCAGUCAGACAAAUGCAACUCUGACUAUGCCACAGCAAAAGCUUCCCAGCAACCAACCAUGCCGGCCAAAUCGCACGCCAGCGGAGUAGUUUUCCACAGUCUUGCUGGUUUUCUUAUGGCCCUUGCCGUGGGGUUAGUUUUGUAAUAGUAGAUUUGAGGAAGAGAAUAGUGGUAUGCCUCUUUCAUGAGUGGUUUUGAUAAUCAACGUAGUUUGACUGUCCUUUAAAGAAGAAGAGUGUAAGCUAAGCCAAGUCACCAAACGGAGAAACAUGACUUAAAACUUGUGAUGCUUCAAUAAAGUUGAACUCACUUAAUCA